UUUAUGUACAGAUAUUCUAGUUUUAUUGAAUUUGCAUCUAUGUGAAAUAAAUACUUUGUCAUCAUGACUCGUUUACAUAUUUAGAUAUAUACAUGUAUAUUACAGACGGGAACAUAACAGCGGACGACACUGUCCACGGAAACCUUCUUGAAAUGUCAAGGAUGUUCAAGAAGGGAUAUAAGUUAAAAGAAGUCAACAGUAAAGCGAAAGAAAAGGCAGAAAGUCUCUUCUUAAAGCACAGUAUGGUGGUCAUUGUUGGACCAACUGGAAGUGGAAAAAUGAGCCUUUCAUUUGAGUUGUUGUCCUCGUACGACCUCAGCAAUGGAGAAGAUAAUUUUCUCGUUAUCUCUGACCCAGGCGAGUUGAAGUAUAUCAAGUUCUCGUUACGUCCGGUUAUCAUAAUCAAAAUUUAUGGUCAAGCGAGUAAGUGGUACAGUCAGUUUGACAGACUGUAUGCAGCGGUAAAGGCACGCCAGAUAGCCGUUAUCACAACUAUAGGAUUGAAGACGUUUCAAAUGAUGCCGGCAAAUAUGCUGUCACAUCCAGUCUUAGAGCAUGUUGUGCGCAUGCCAGGAAGUGAAGGUUUGAAUGAAG